UAUCCUCAGCUGCAGGUAUGAAUCUUUUUAAGGAGAUCCUGCCUAGAAUAAGGAAGAUUCUUUCAGGUGCUACAGCUUCUGAUGACAAUGCAUUGCUUAACCUCAUGCUGAAAGAACAUGUGAUAUCCAAGGAGUACCAUCAGGCCUUGCUCCAUGAAAAAGACAGAGAGGACCUUGCAAGGAAGAUUUCUCUGACAUUUGUGGAGAAAUGGGACCUGUAUUGGAACACGUUGAUUCACCACUCUUGUUUAAACCUCUGUGGCAGUAGACCUCAAAACAUCACAGAUAAUGAGCCAACAGGAACCAAGCACAUGUCUGACAGCAAGAGACAAAUCAUGGAUUCAACAUUGGUUUGUGAAAAUGGCUAUCUUGAUCUGCUGCACAGUGACAUCGAUCCAGUGCAUCUGUUUACUCUCUUAGACCCUAAGUCAUCUGGAAAUGAAGAGGGUGACUUGUUUGCAGAUUCUGAAAUUGAUGCCAGCAACUAUGAUCAGUUGAAUAGUAUGGAUUUCCUGUGUACAGUGGAAAAUGAUGAAAAUGGAGAUGAACUGUAUCUCUCUUCCAAUGCCAGAGAAGCUUAUGCUAGAAUAGCUGAAUUAGCAGAAUAUGUGCUCAAAGAUCAGCAGGAGAAGCAGGUGGAAGAUACUUUUGCAGGGAGCCUUAUUUUGGAUGAAAUGACUGCUGAAAGCACUGAGAUAUUUACUGAUGUAAAGCUGCAAAAAUGUCACAAAAGAACAUUUUUAGGCUCCGUAGAGAGUUGUGCUGAUGUUUCAGAAACCAAAUACAAGAAAAUUGUGGAUGCCCCUGCAGUGUCUACAAGGAAUGGCAGUUUCUUGGCUAUGCCUCUCAGCAGCUAUCCAGCUAGCUCCACCUCGCUAACUCACCAACACAUGUCCUUUUCUAUUCCUGCUAUCAAUGCAUUUGGAAGAAGUUUUGUAAUUCCUGUUUCAGGAUCUUCAGCACAUUUGAUUCCAGAGUGCCUACCUAUUGGCAUGAAAGACAAACAAGAGAAUGUAGACUUUGUAGAUCUUGCUCAGCAGAAAAAUAAUAUUUUAAUUGGAAAUGGCACAUCAAGUAUUAUAGCAUACCCAGCACUGACUACCUCCACUGAAACAAUGGUUUCCCCAAGUUUUCCAGUUAAUGUAUGUGGCUUAGAAAUGUUCAAAGAAGUCCUAGUUCCUGUAAUUCCCUCUGAAGAACCUUUCAAACGACCAAGGUCAGUGGAAGUUUUCUGUACAGCGCUUAAGGAUUACUUCAGAGACAUAUGCAAAUCUGUGGCCAUGGAGCGUGAAUUGACUCUUGAUCACUUGUUUAUUGACGGUACACUCAUGCAAAGCCAAAUUGAAACCAAGACUGGGAAAAACAGUGUAAAAGCAAUGGAAAAGGAGCUGGUAACUUACAGUCUGCAAUGGAAGGAAAAGGCAUCACUUGAAAGAAGCCAAAUAUUUCAAAUCCCAGGAGGUAAAGAUUUAGAGACUAAAGUGAUUGUGGUGCUGGGAAAAGCAGGAAUGGGCAAAAGCAUUCUUGUACAGAAGAUCUGCCAGGACUGGUCCAAUGGAGAGUUUUCUCAGUUUGAAUUUCUCUUUUGGUUUGACUGCAAACAAAUAAGCUUGCCUGAGAAGUGUUACAGCUUGAAGGAUCUGCUUCUUGAUUUUUUUGUAAAACCUCAAGAGGGAAGCAAAGAGAUCUUUGAGUACAUAUUGCAAAAUCCUGCUAAAGUCCUUCUGGUUUUUGAUGGUUUUGAAGGGUUGCAUGACCAUGAGAAUUUUCCUCGUUGCUCAAACAGACAGCCUGACAAAGACUUGUACAGUAUAAAGGAGCUGCUUUCAGGAUUUAUCCAAAAAAAGAUACUCAAUGGCUGUACUUUAUUACUUACAGCAAGACCAAAAGACAAGGUGAACCAGUAUGUGUCCAAAGUGGAAAAGACUAUUGAAAUAGUAGGAUUUUCUCCUCAGCAGAGAGAAUUGUACAUAACCAAAUACUUUGAAGGAUUACCCUACUGUGAUAAUGCACUGAAAUUAAUCAAAGAGAGUGAGUACCUGUUCAGUCAUUGUUACAGCCCUGUUAUGUGUAGAUUUGUUUGUUUUCUCUGUGAGACUGUACUUGAAAUGGGAGACAAAGGCCUUCCUUCAACUCUUACUACACUUUUCCUGAAAUUUGUUCAGCAAAAGAUAACACCUAUGCAAACAGAUGUUACAGCUGUGCAAAAUCAAAAGAGCCUUGCUACACUAGCCCGUAUAGCCUGGUAUCUUGGAGAAAAGCAUCAAAGUACCAUGAAAAGUGAUCUUCUUCCUUCUAAGGAAGUUAAAGAAUUUGCUCUGAAAUAUGGAUUUUUCCUUCCAUUUGCAUUCCCCAAACAUUCAGAUACUGAGGAGGAGGAAUUUGGGACCACAUUCUCCGAUUUUGUCAUUCAGAAUUUCUUGGGUGCGCUUCACCUUAUAUUAGCAGAAGACGUGAAGGAUAAAAGUCUAACAAAGUACCUGUCUUUUCCAUCCAAGAAGAAAAAGCCUUAUAAUUGGUUAGAUUUAAUGCCUCGAUUUUUAGCUGGAUUGUUGUUCCUCCAGGAUGAUGCCUACUUCUGCUCCCUUUCUAAUAAGGAAAUAAUACAAUCAACCAAGAAGCAGAAAACGCUGCUGAAAUAUAUUAGAAGGUUGCAGAUAAAUGACCUCUGUCCAGAGAGGUUACUUGAGCUUUUACACUGCAUAUAUGAAACACAAUACAAUUAUCUUUUGCAGCAUGUGACCUUAAGGCUCAAGCCAGACCUGUCUUUUCAGGGCAUUGUUAUUACACCACCAGAUGUUCACGUACUGUACUCUACUUUAAAAAGGUCAAGAAAAGAGUUUUCCUUGGAUUUACAAAACAGCAGCAUUGACAUGCAAGGGCUAAAAGACUUGGUUGGCCUGAAGAAUGUGGCAUCAUUCAGGGCCUCCCUUGGUGAUACAAUCAAGCUAUGGAAAUACUUAGAACAGACAAAAGACUAUGAACUGCUGAAACUAUCAACAGAAAAAUUUGUUCUCGAUCCCUUUAAGGCAAAGACAAUGAAGGACGUCAGUGACCUUUCAGACCUUGUAGAAAUGCAGGAGAUGAUCAACUGCACGCAAGAUGCCUCUGGUUGCAGCAGCUAUGAAAUUCCUGCCAUAAAGAACCUGAGAAAAAUAGAAUUUGCUCUAGGUCCAGCAUAUGGCCUUCAGGGAUUUCUAAAACUCGUGGAAAUUCUGCCGUCAUUUCUAUCACUUCAGCAUUUAGACCUUGAUGCUCUGAGUGAAAAUGGCAUAGGAGAUGAAGGAGCAAAGAGUCUAUCUGAAGUCUUUCCAACACUGAGAUCACUGGAAAUAUUGAACUUAUCACAGAAUAAGAUAACAGAUGUGGGUGCAGAGAAACUAGCUACAGCUCUUCCUUUGUUAUCUUCAUUAACAACACUAAGCUUGUACAAUAAUAACAUUUGUGAUUUUGGAGCAGAAAAUCUUGCAAAAGUUCUUCCUGUGAUGGCAUCUUUAAGAGUGCUAGAUGUUCAGUAUAACAAAAUAACUGGUGUUGGAGCCCAACAGCUGACUGACAGCCUACGAAAAUGCCCCCAUAUAAAAAACUUGCUGAUGUGGAAUCCUACAAUUCCCUAUGGAGUUCUUGAACACCUUCAGCAGCUGGACUCGAGGAUCAGCAUGUAGAUUCAGUUGUAUCCCAUAAAGGUAACAAAAAUGGAAGAUCUCCUCUGUGUUUUCCCAUCUUCUUGCUGUUUUAUGAAUCUGGAAGUAAAUGCUGGUUUUCAUAAUAGUGGCAAAAUGAAAAAUGUCCCAUUUAAGCUUUUGGGUGAUGCUUGAAGUGAGUGAAUGAUGGAGUUCAAGUUUUUAAAAGGUUAUUUUAUAUGCUUUUUAAAAACCCGGUUGUGCUUCCAUUGAAGUGAUGAAGUUAAGUAACAUCAAGUUUCACAGAAGAAAAGGACAUCUGGAUAUUGCUCACCAUUAAAGUUGAACAGGAGUCACCAGCUUAUGGGUGGUAUAAAAUUCCAUCAUCACUUCAUUGAAGUGUACGCUGCAAGCUGCUGUACGUGCAACAUCUGAAGUAGCAACAGAUCAAAUCUAAUUGUUUCAUGGUGCCAAUGAUAACUGCAAUUAAGUUCUCUUUGAUUUCAGGCUACCAAAGCUCCAUGUUACAGUUUUCACCUGCAAAUCUGGAUUAAAUUGAAGUAUUAGGGUCUGAAGCAUAAGUAAGAAUGACCAGUCUGAAAUUGUAAUAUAAUCAUUGCGAAUCUAGAAGUGGCUCAUUUCUUGAUGCUAAUUGCAAUGCUGUCUUAAGAAAGGUAUUUUUAAUCAAAUAACUGUCUUGUUACAGAUUUCUUCAAAAAGAUUAGGGAAAAAAAAGAAUAUAAUUGAAUUUAAACUGGAAAAGUAUCGAGGAUUUUUUGAUGAUAUAGCAGAAAUCCAAAUAUAUAUCUGCACAAAAAUCCUAAGUUUUCUAUUCUGUCACAAAUGAGAACUUUAAAAGCUUUUUUUAAAUUUUAAGGAGUGAAAGAAUUUCCCUUAGUGCGAGCUAUUAAGAGAUUCUAUGUUGUAUAGUAUGUCAUCUAAAGUAUAUAUGCAUGAAACUUUGAGGAACUGAAAACAGAAGUUGAACUUCUGAAACAAACUUUUCUCAUUCAUAUACAUCAACUGAGAUUCAGUCUCUAACCUACAGGUGACAAGUAAAUAAAUGUACAUGCAUCUAUUUUAUACUUGAAAGAGAUAUCACUACUUUGUGUUGGUUUUGUGCCCUGCUUUUACAGAGUUUGAAGAAUUAGGCAAUGAUAGGAAGUAGCAUAUUUCAAAGUGCUAACGUAUCCAUUCUGCAGGCAUCAGUGUUAUGUGGGCUGUACACCAGCCCUGCUGACUGCAAUAGCAAAACAAUUGUUUCCUCUUUUUUUUUUUUUUUUUCCUUCCUUCUUUUCUUGUACUUCAGCUCUGUGAGCAUGAAGAGAAUAUAUAAUUGUGCAGAGGCAUUUGUCAGGACUUUCACUCUGGUUCCAUGUCCAGAUGCAGCCUGGAGACAGGAAAACAGUUGGAUGGUAAAAGCUAGAAGUAUUCAAUAUGCUACAGAUAAGGAAGGGAGGCUUCUGUACUUCAUUUGGCUAGCUCAUCGUUAGCUCAACAACAUCCUUGAAGUAUCUUUUGCUAGGAAGCCACUGACAAUGCUGACCAAGGACCAUUGCAAAUGAAAAUCUCUCAACUAACCUUCAAAAUCCUGUGAUGUGGUUCAAAAA